GGGAUUAUGAGAUUAGGUUUGAAGGACAAUAUGAUCUCAUUGUGUGUUUUGAGGGACCAAUUAAAAACUGUAUGUUUGUCAUUUUCCUCUUAAAUUCCAAACACAGAAAACCCCCAAAUUCUCUUAUUUUGAGGAGCCAUAGAAAGAAAGAAUGAGAAGGCAUGGAAGACAUAGAAUGGGAGCAGAGGCACCAUGUCCUAACCCACAUCAUAAGCAGCCCUGAACCCACGCCACCCCCGCUCUACUCCCAGUUCUUCAUCUCCACCCAAGUCCCCUGCUACCUCAACUGGCACUACCCACCACUUCUCUGCCCCAGACCUCUCCUCCGCAAAUGGGCUCUCUCCCGAUUCCUCAACAGAUUGACCGCGCCGGAAACCUCAUGGAGGUCCCAAUGUCCGUACUCUCAGCCGCCGCCGGUGGUGCUUGCCAAAGGGCUGGAGGCGGCUAAUUGGGGGGAUGAAGAGAAGCGAGAGUACGCCAUGAAAAGGGUGAGGAGGAGGCCCCUUGCAAGAAGGUUACACCCUUUCUUCGCCGUUAUGGUUCCUAAUAUUUUGGCUUUAUCCCUUUUCCUGUGGAAUCCCUUUCCGGACUAGGAUGUUUGUACUUGGACACUUAAAUUUGAUGAUUUGGUCUGUUUAAGCUUGAUUUAGUCUGUUUUGAAUUGGUUUGGUAAACGUCUUGUCUUUGUGUAUUUGAUCUGAUAUGUUUAAGCCUGAUAUAGGAUCUAAAAAAACAUCCUACAUUCAGUGCAGUGACAAUCUUUAUAUGUGGCCGUUUACUUAUUCUACUUAGGACAAGUGCCUAAUGACUAGAAAAUUAAGGCAAAAUAGAUUGGCAAAGUUGGGAGAGUCCGAGGAAGCGGUCCUCCCCCAUACACCCCUGGAGUGAUAAAAAUUUGGGAGAGUCCCAACUGUUCAAACAACUAAGAAGAAAGCUCAUGAUACUUGGAGAGAGCUAGUAUUUACUUCUAGAUUGAACUUUGUACACGCAUAUUUCCUCUCUUCAUCUCUCUUGCUCUCACUCUUCAAGAACAUACAAUUUUCU